ACAAUAAAGAUCAUACUCAAGCCAUUUUUCUCACGAUUUAUUUUUUGUUUUGUUUUUUUCUGUUCCCCUUUCUCCUUUUUUUUUUCUUUGUUUGUAAGCAAUGUUAUCUAGAAUCUCAAAGAGUGUGUUUAAUGUAAGUAAAUUUCCUACUCUUUUCUUUCUAAUUGAUUUAAAGAAAUCUUCUAUUCACCGACACUUGGCACAACGAUCCGCUGGUUUCUCUACUUAUAAUCAUGCAGUUGCCAACCUGACACCUCAACAAGAAGAGUUACGUGAAGCAGUCCAUAACUGGGUCAAUAUUGAACUUGCUCCUCGAGCAGCUUCGAUUGAUAAGGAAAACGAAUUCCCUAUGGAUAUGUGGAAGAAGUUUGGUGAAAUGGGUCUUUUGGGUGUCACUGCCCCUCAAGAAUACGGUGGUCUUGGCUUAGGUUACUUUGAACAUACACUUGUUAUGGAAGAAAUUUCCCGUGCUAGUGGUUCUGUCGCCUUGAGUUAUGGUGCUCAUUCUAACUUGUGUGUCAAUCAAAUUACACGUAAUGGUAAUAAGGCACAAAAAGAGAAAUAUUUGCCCAAGCUCAUUUCAGGUGAGCAUGUGGGUGCUUUGGCCAUGUCUGAACCUGGUGCUGGUUCCGAUGUAGUCAGCAUGAAAUUACGUGCUGAAAAGAAAGGGGAUCGUUAUGUAUUGAAUGGUAAUAAGUUCUGGAUCACAAAUGGUCCUGAUGCUGAUGUUUUGGUGGUCUAUGCCAAGACUGAACCUAAUGCUGGGCCUAAGGGUAUUACUGCUUUUUUGAUUGAAAAGGAUUUUAAGGGCUUCUCUCGAGGACCUAAGUUUGACAAGUUGGGUAUGCGUGGUUCAAACACAUGUGAAUUGAUUUUUGAAGACUGCGAAGUCCCUGCUGAAAAUGUGUUGGGAGAAGUAAACAAAGGUGUUUAUGUUCUCAUGAGUGGUUUAGACCUUGAACGUCUUGUUCUUUCUGGUGGUCCUUUGGGGUUAAUGCAAGCUGCUUUAGAUGUAACCAUUCCUUAUGUCCAUGAACGUAAACAAUUCGGUUUUCCUAUUGGUGAAUUCCAGCUUAUACAAGGCAAAUUAGCUGAUAUGUAUACAAAAAUGAAUGCAUCGCGUGCCUAUGUUUAUGCCGUUGGUAAAGCUUGCGAUCAAGGCAAUAUCAGUAACAAGGAUUGUGCAGGCGCAAUUUUGUACUCAGCAGAAAGAGCAACAGAAGUAGCACUUGAUGCUAUCCAAUGUCUUGGCGGUAAUGGCUACACUAUGGAAUACCCCACUGGCCGAAUCUUGCGUGAUGCUAAAUUAUACGAAAUUGGCGCUGGAACAAGCGAGAUUAGAAGAAUGUUGAUUGGUCGAGAAUUUAACAAGCUUUUCAAAUAAAUGCAUCUUUUGCCUAUACGUUAUUGCUAGAAAAUAAAUUAUUGUAUUUUGAAAGAAACCAAUAUCGUAAUUUUUUUUAGAAGAAUGGGUUUUGUUUGCAGCACAUCCUAUUGUCACAUAAUCAUAGACGUAUGUUACUUCAGCUAAAGUAAAGUGGAACUCCAGCUUGCAUUCGUCAUCGGUGAGUAGAUCAAAAUUGAUCCGCAUGCGGUCAACUCUCCUGUUUCUGAGCAUAUCAGAUUGAUCCUCAUUAAGUGCAACAACAGAAGUACCAAGAAGAAAAGAUAUUCCGCUUUGUUCUUGCAGCAAAAGUACAAAAUGUAUUGUGGAAGUUUUCCAAAAGAUUUAUAGACUUGAAAUAAAUUCUUUUCUUAGCUAUAUGAAAUAUCUUUGAC